AUGACAGAAAAAACGGACGACUCAUCUACUGCGUUUACCCAGUUCACGCCGGAAACGUCUGAACCAACAGUCGUUGGUGAGCCCUGGGAUGGCCGUCGAUAUGCAAUACCCUGGCCCGGUAACAAAUACAACAUCUUUAUGAAUGACACCAACCGAGUGAUUUGCUCGAACGAUGCUGGUGACCUCUAUGUCUACGACAUCGACUGCGAUGUGAACAAGCAACAAACAUGGCUGUGCGCCGAAAAGAAUGGGUAUUUUGGUUUUGUUAAUACCCAUUCCGGCAGAUUCAUGGGCCACAACAAUGCCGAUAAGCUGCACUCGGCAACAUUCCAUCACGAGGCCUGGGAGCUCAUGACGGUGAGGAAGCAUCCGGAGGGAGGCUACGAAUUGUUGAUGCCACACUGGUGGCACACGCUAAAGAAGCUGUGCGUUUUGGAAGGUUCGGAUAAUGUGGUGUUGCGACAGCAUGUGACUACUCUAUGGCAGUUUGUCAAGGUUGAUUGA